AUGAUGAAUGCUCUUAUAUGGAAUAUUAGGUCUGUUAAUACCAUGGAAGCUUUUACAAGGUUAAUAAAACUGAAUCAAAGAUACCAUUUUGGUUUUAUAGGCUUAAUGGAACCUUGUCAAGAUUCAGACAAGAUAGAGGAAUAUAGAAGAAGACUUGGAAUGGAGCAUGCAAUAGUUAAUAUAUCUGGUAAGAUUUGGGCUUUUGUGGAAGAUAUAUUUGACUAUUACAUAAUUGUGGAUCAUCGGCAGCAUUUAACCAUUAAAUUAAGGGUUAGAGGAAAUCAGAAGGAUAUGCUAGUGUCACUAGUGUAUGCAAAGUGUACUCAAGCUGAAAGAUUGGAGUUGUGGGACUCUCUGGAGGAUUUAUCUACUUCAGUUGAUAUUCCUUGGAUGAUUGGGGGUGAUUUUAAUGCAAUAACUUCAGUAGAUGAGAAAUUUGGUGGUCUUCCAGUAACCAUCAAUGAAAUUCAGGAUUUUAGAGGUUGCAUCCAGAACUGUGGAAUAUCAGAUUUGGGAUUUAGUGGAAGUAAAUUUACUUGGUGGAAUGGCCAAAGUGGUGAUGAUUGUAUUUUUAAGAGAUUGGAUAGAUGUAUGGGUAAUCAGUUGCUACAAGCAAAGUAUUCUAGUGUAGGUAUCAAUCAUCUGAUGAGGAGUGGGUCAGAUCAUGCUCCUAUGUUAAUUUCCUAUACAGGAGACAAUAAAAGUAUCAAAAAACCUUUUAAGUUUUUGAACUUUUGGGUAAAGAAUGAGGUGAAAGCAGCUUUAUCACAAUGGAGUAAAGCAACUUUUGGGAAUAUAUUCCAAGAAAUUGAAGCUCUUGAAGAGGUCAUUAAGGUGAAGGAAACACAAUUUUAG